AUGACGGCCUCAGAUGUCGAGGAUGGCCACUCUCGUUCGCCCUCCCCCGAUGAUAGUGGGACCGAAACAAUGGCCGACCAGCAAGUCAAACCUCAAAAGCCAAAACAAGCCAAUGGUUCCAAUGCCAAAGAUCCUUCGCGCCCUCGACGAAAGAAGGCUCGUAGAGCUUGCUAUGCCUGUCAACGUGCCCAUCUGACCUGUGGCGAUGAGAGGCCCUGCCAGAGGUGCAUCAAGCGUGGAUUGCAGGACGCCUGUCAGGAUGGUGUGCGGAAGAAGGCCAAAUAUCUCCAUGACGCUCCCAAUGAGGCUCUCAUCCCCGUCGUUGGUGGUAAUCUCUUUAAUUCUUCCGCCGGAAAACGGUCUUCGACCAUAACCUCAACCACGAGCGACACGUCGACUACCCCACAACAACAGCAAUUCUUUCAACCACAGCAACAGUUCAACAAUUUUCAACAAUCAUCCCAGAUGCCUCCGCCCAUGCUUCACGAGCGCAGUGUCAGUUCGACGAGCUACGCCCAACAAUCGCCGAUUAGUACCAAUUUCACCAGUGUCGGGUCGCAAGUGCCCCUCCAGAGUCCUGUCGUGGGCCCCGAUCAAAAUGGUGCAAACAACAUGAAUUCGGCCGCGUGGUCCGGUGCAAUCUUUGACGAUCCGGCCAUGUUCAACUUUGACAUUGCGAGUAUGAACUUUGGCAAUCAUUAUGGUGCAUUGGAAUUCGGCAUGCUGGGCCACAUGGCGACAAAUGCUGGCGAAACUCCUCCUAGUGAUACUACGACUCAUCGAGGCUCUAUGGUGCAGCAGUAUCGUAUGCCAUUAGGAAGCUUCAGUGAGAGCCCGACAGCCCAAUUCCAGUAUAAUGAUCCGAUGAUGACGGAUUGGCCCAAUGGAUCCGACACCUAUCCUGGCCACCAAGGUCAUCAUAUGGCACCAAAUGCCUUUGCGAUAGAAACGGGCGCCGCUCAUUGGACCUCCCCAGAUACCAAUGGCACGCCGACAAAUGUGGUCAAGUUCGACGACUCUCCGCUGAUGACGAGCAAUGGUUUACUCCAUGUUCCUCCCAUGCCAAACACUCAGUUCAACCCGACAUCUGGGCCGGAUGGCAAUCGCAAUCAACAGCCUCCAGGGUUGUCAACUCCUCAAUUGAAAGCAAAGUCACAGCUACCAGUCAAGUCCCUGAAAAGACCCAAAGAUCCAUCGUCGAUCUACACCACGGUCACGAGUCCUCACCCUUACACGGCUGGUUUCCAUGCCCUUAUCGCCUACCUUCAAAAACGCUUUUCCAACCACCCUUCCAAGACGCUCACCAUCGCCAAAUCACUGGCUUCUUUCAGGCCCUCUUUCAUUGCAACGACUAAGACUCUGAACAGGGAGGAUCUGAUAUUCAUGGAAAAAUGUUUUCAAAGAACCUUGUGGGAAUACGAGGGAUUUAUCGAAGGCGUUGGAACCCCAACCAUUGUUGCAAGGAGAACUGGAGAGGUGGCUGCGGUCGGUAAGGAAUUCCAAAUUCUUACUGGUUGGACGAAAAAUGUACUACUUGGUCGCACUCCAAACUUGAACGUCAACAGGGGACAUACAGGACAGACGCCCGGCACUGGGUCUGGCACGAAUACUGCAAGAGCAACCGGAUUCAAUACACCAACGCGAGGUGGUCAGGAGGAUGAGAACGGUGAAAAACGUCUCCUGCCAGUUUUUCUGGCCGAAUUACUGGAUGACGAUUCAGUGGUACAGUUUUACGAAGAUUUUGCACGUUUGGCAUUCGGAGACAGUCGUGGUAGCGUGCACGGAAGGGGGAAGCUUCUCAAAUAUCGGACCAAAGAUGAUGAGAUUUCGCUAAAUCUCAAUGCCGAGGCUGAGAUGCGCAAAGAAGAGGGUUUGCAAAACAACACAGACCCUCGCCGGCGAGACAGCGCUGGAGUUGCUCGAAAACAGAAUGACAUUAAAAGAGAUGGCAUUUCCGGCGAAAAGGGAAUGCAGAAAUUAGGUUCUGCAGAUGGGAAGGUGGACUGCACAUACUGCUGGACGGUAAAGCGGGAUGUUUUCGACAUACCCAUGCUUAUUGUGAUGAAUGUGAGUACACCUGGGUUUACUGGCCCCAAACUUGUGACAUGA